AUUGACAUCUGUCACAAUGGCAUUAAAUGUCACAUACCACACAUUUGUGAAGUCGUCUUAUAGAAAAUAUUGAAUAUUUCGUUGUAUAAUCGACAAUUAUAUAUAUUUUUUAAAUUUCCUAUCUAUCUAGGAAAUUAGUAAUGCAGAACAGUAUUAAAUAUCAUUCGAAUUUUAAAAUUCCUACACUUACAUAAACGAAUAUACCAGGUGCAGUAUUCUAUAAUUUAUGAAAGACCGGUAAAUUGGUAUAAACCUUGGAUACCAUUGCUAAAUAAAACCUUUAUUCGGCGCCGUCAUGAACGUGAACGAUUCAGAUUUACCAGAAGAAAGUGAUUCUAGUGACGAAGAUUAUAUCCCAAAUGAAAAAACCGAUGACUUACCGUCAGAGAUCGAUGAAGAUGACCCUAUAUCAGAGGAAGAUAAUACAAAAUGUUCUGGAAACUCUGAAAAGAAAGAAAAAAAGAGAAAAAAGAAAGUUCGGAAGAAAAAUGAGGAAGAAGUAAAAACGAUUAUUGAAACAGAAAACGAGAAAAAAUCUAAUAUUGAUGAUCUUUGGGCGGAUUUUGUAAAAGAUACUGGGUUUAAAUCAAAAUCCAGCGUGAAAACUAAUACUCCAGAUUCUUUGAAACCCAGAGAAAAUAUUAGUAAAGAAGCAACAACCUCGAAAACAUCAACAAGUGAAAUAAAACAUCCAAAUAAAGUCAAAGUUACACAAGUCUUUGAAUUUGCUGGAGAAGAAGUUAAAGUUGAAAAAGAAGUUAGUGCAGAUUCUGCUGAGGCUCGAUUAUUGGGUAACAGUAGGGACAAACAAGUACAUGGUACAAAACGGGCUACUGGACUUAGUGGUAUUAGUAAUGUUCUUAAUCAAUUGACUAAAAAACAGAAAAUUAGCACAUUAGAAAAAACAAAGUUAGAUUGGGAUAGUUAUAAAAAAGACAACAACAUCGAAGAAGAAUUACAAACAUUCAAUAAAGGAAAAGAUGGGUAUUUGGAGAGGCAAGACUUUUUGCAAAGAACAGAUGUUAGACGAUUUGAAAUUGAACGAGACAUUCGUGAGAUAGAAAGAAAUAAACGUUUUAAAACCGCUUUGUAAUUCUAUAUAAAUGUAAUUCUCUUUUGGUGAUUAUACAUAACGGCAUUUAUGUAACUUUAUACACUUAUUAUGUACUUUAUAAGUUUUAAUUUAGUAUUAAUAUUAUUCCGAUAUUAUUGAAUAAAAUUAGGGUCAUUUUAGA